CUCAAUUUUUUCACGUGUGUUAGCGGUGUUUAUAAAUUAUUCUUUUAUAAAAAUAAUGGUUUACAAUCAAAUUCCAAGUCUAAUUAACAUUACAAAUUAAAAUGUUUAUUACUUGUUAACUUAUAUACAAAAAUAGACGUAUUUUUAAAGCUCUCUAUACACCGUUGCCUUCAAAAUUAAAUAUCGAAAAAUCUAUAUUUGUUAGUAAAGUUUUUCAGAUUAUUUAUAAACAAUGACGGUAACAUCCGACGGGGUACAGAGCCCCACUGAAAGACAACUAUUAUCAGCACCAGAAACCCCAGCAGUUGAACAUGCUCCAGAAAAAAUAAAAAUGAAACGACAUAUGGGCCUUCUCGAAGGUAUUGCAGUGAUUCUAGGCAUAAUAUUCGGAUCAGGCAUUUUUAUAUCACCUAAAGGUGUAAUCGAACAGGUGGACUCUGUAGGCUUUACAUUAGUUGUUUGGGUGCUUUGUGGCUUGUUGUCAAUGAUUGGGGCCUUAUGUUACGCCGAGUUAGGUACCUGUAUUCCUAAAUCAGGAGGAGAUUACGCUUAUAUUCAUGAAGCAUUCGGACCAACGCUGUCCUUUUUGUACCUGUGGGCAGCUAAUAUUGUUUUUGUCCCUACAACUAACUCAAUUAUGGGUCUAACUUUUGCCAAAUAUGUAAUUCAACCGCUAUUUCCUGAAUGUGAUAUGCCUGAUCUUGGUGUAAGACUGGUUGCAGCAUCUGUAAUAUGUUUUUUGUCAUUUUUAAAUUGCUAUAACGUAAAAGCGACUGUGCGGUUGCAGAAUGUGUUCAUGUUUUGUAAAUUGCUAGCUCUGGGUGUUAUUGUGGCCAUAGGAAUAGUUUGGAUGUCGCUGGGUCAUGUCGAAAACUUUAAUAACGCUUUUGCGCAUAGUUCACACAACCCUGGAAAGAUUUCCAAAGCUUUUUAUAGCGGAAUCUUUUCAUAUUCUGGAUGGAGCUAUUUGAAUUUUAUGACUGAAGAAUUACAAAAUCCCUUUGUCAAUCUACCUCGGGCAAUCUAUAUUUCACUACCUCUAGUCACUUGUAUCUAUGUCCUGGCAAACAUGGCGUAUUUUUCAGUGCUUUCACCUCAAGAAAUGCUGGCUACAGAUGCAAUAGCUGUGACUUUCAGUAACUCAGUUUUGGGUAAAUAUAGUUGGAUCUUGCCCAUUAUGGUGGCCAUUUCAGCGUUUGGUGGACUGAGCAUCCACAUAAUGUCUUCCUCAAGAAUGUUAUACGUUGGAGCUAGAAAUGGCCAAUUCCCUGCAAUGUUGUCACAUUUAAACAUGAAAAAACUGACACCCAUGUCAAGCAUUCUUUUCCUCAACGUGCUCUCUCUGAUAAUGCUAUGCUCUAGUGAUAUACAACUUUUAAUUCACUAUUGCACGAUAGUUGAGACUUUUUUUGUGACAUUAUCUGUAUCAGGCUUAUUAUACUUAAGAUGGAAGCAACCAAAAUUGGAGCGUCCAAUCAAGGUUCAUGUUUCAAUUCCCAUAAUAUUUGUUCUGAUAUGUCUGUUUCUUUUGAUCCUCCCUGUAACUGAGUCUCCUCUAAUUCUGUUGGGUGGGGUUUUGAUAACGUUGAGUGGAGUCCCUGUAUAUUAUUUUGGGACGUUGCAAGAUAAGCCGGAGAAAUUUAAAAAAAUUAUGAGAAGCCUGACAAUUUUUUGUCAAAAAUUAUUCAUAGCGGCUCAUGAGGAUGAUUAAUUCCUGUUUUUACCAUCAAAAAAUCUGUGUUCAUUAUUUGUUAGAAUAUUUUUAAGAAAAAAAUCCUUUUUACUAACUUAUUUCAUGUACAAACUUCUAUAUCUUCUUUAUAAUUUUGCUCAUUAUUUAUAUUAAGUAUUUAUUAAUAUACAAAACUUUUUAAUGAAUCUCUUAAAAAUUAAUUGAUAUUAAACAAUAAGAAUUAAUUUUAAUUCUUUCAUGUUACCAAACGAAAUUAUUUACUUGUGAUUUAUUUUUUGCUCAGUAUUUUUUUAGUGUUGUACUUAAUUUUACUUGAAUAUGUCGUCAUUAUUAUAUUGGUUUGCUGUGGAUUAUACAAAUGAAUUUAAAA